UCCACAGCUCACCCUCUCAACCAACUCCGACACGCAAACGAGAUCUCUCUCCAUCUCCAUUCCGGGUAUAUAACAAACCCUCCCCACGGCUCCCUCGUCCUCCUCCGCCAUGGAUGAGCUCAUCGUGGUGGAGCGGCGACCCCAUGGAUCCGCGGUGGCCGUGGUCACCAUCAACCGCCCGGGCACGCUCAACUCGCUCACGCGCCCCCUGAUGGUCACGCUCGCAGGCGCGUUCCGCCGCCUCGACGCCGACGACGCCAUGGUCGCCGUGGUCCUCGCCGGGCGUGGCCGCACCUUCUGCUCCGGCGUCGACCUCGCCGCCGCCGAGGACGUCUUCAAGGGCGACGUCAAGGACCCCACCGCCGACCCCGUCGCCGCCAUGGCCGCGUGCCGCAAGCCCAUCGUCGGCGCCGUCGCCGGAUUCGCCGUCACCGCCGGGUUCGAGAUCGCCCUCGCCUGCGACUUGCUCGUCGCGGGCCGCGACGCCAAGUUGGUCGACACCUCGCCGACCCCUACGCUGCCGAGGCCGCCGCUCCUCGCUGAACUCAACUACCCGAGGCCGUCCGCCUCCUCGCCGACCUCUACGCUGUCGAGACUGCCCGCCGCCUCGCCGACCCCCGUGCCGUCGAGGCCGCCCGCUCUUCGCGUCGCUGCGCUCGGCCUUCUACGGCCGCACCAUGCACGUCGACCACGCCGCGCGCACUGGACCUUCUAUCCCGUCAUGUGCGUCGCGCGGCUCAACCUCUUCACGCAAUCCCUCGUCCUGCUGCUCUCCCCGCGAGGCGCGUGCCGCACCGCGCGCAUAAGCUACUCGGCCUGCUGGUGUUCUGGACGUGGUUCUCGCUGUUGCUGUCAUGCCUACCGUCCUGGCCCGAGCGGCUGGCGGUCGUGCUCGUCAGCUUCGCGACGACGGGAGUACAGCACGCGCAGUUCUGCCUGAACCACUCCUUGUCGAGUGUCUACAAGAAGCACGGCCUGCAGUACUCCUCUUUCUCCUUCUACGGGACGCCCUCGACACCGGCCUCUUCUCCGUCAUGGCCAGCCUUGUCACCGCUUACCAGGUGUUCGCUCUGUGUCUAAAAUGAACAUCGGUUCUUUAAAAAGAGCUGCAAGUUGCGGGCGAAACGCAGCGGCUACACCGCAUGAGCCGUGGCGUCCGUCCAGGCUAUGGUGCUCAAGGCGGAGCACGCGCAGGCGGUGGACGCGCUGCAGAAUGCGCCGACGAUUGGUGCGCAGCAACGGGCGGCUCGCAGACGUCAACAGCGAGCUCUCGGCCGUCGGCACGUUCGUUGACACCUGCCAGGACUUGUUUGACGAGUUCCCGGACGUCUACGGUUCGUUCCUCGCAAACGUGCAGACCAAUCUCAGAAGCAACAGCAUCAACCUCGCCGCCUACAAGGCUGCCUAUGAUAUUGCUUUGACGGAGUUCACGCCAACAAAUCAUGCCUGCCAACUAUUUGAUGAAAUGCUUAAGAUGUACUUUUAACGUCGAACCCGAUCUGUAUAUAAAGAGAGAGAGCGGUGCUCUUCUCUUUAUAAAAAUGUUUUAUCAAAAGGGAGUGAGCGGUGCUCUUCCCUUUAUAAAAAUAUAGCAUCAUCGAAAGAGGGAGAGAGCGGUGCUCUUUUCUUUGCAAAAAAAAAGAGAGAAAGAGGGAAAAAGAUUACUCCUCUAAUUAUGAAAGAGAGAGGGAGAUUUGUUACAAAAAGGGAGGCAAGGAAGGGAUUUUCCCACCUUAGUUGUCCCAUGAAUGUAAAAGAGACAAAGAAGAAUUAUCUAUCUUUGUUGUCUUGUAUCUUCAAAGGAGAUAAAGAGAAAAAUUCUCUCUUAAUUCUCCUAUAAUGAGGAGACAAAAGAAAAUUAAUCGGGUUAUCGAUUAAUAUUCUUUUGAUUGUCCUUUUAUUGGAAGAACAAUGUAAUGUUCGAAAAUAAUCGAACUCUUUGAUUCUAUCCAAAGUCGAAUCUUUCGAUUUGGUCAAAUUAGACCAAAUUAAGAUUUAAUCGCAUUGGACAUUUUAUGUGAUU